AUGAAGAAGGAGCAGAGCUAUGGAAGAAUCCUGGUAAUACUCGCUGCUGCAUGGAUUCUGUAUAGGUGCUAUGGCCUCAUAGCAAGGACUAGGGAAGAGAAGAUUUCUGUAGAGUUCCUUCGGGAUACCAUAGAUGAUGCACAAAACUCUCACACAAGGAAGAUGAGCAAAAAGGAGAUAAAAGAAAGGCUUGGAAGGUCCACAUGGACAUUGCUGCAUACAAUGGGGUCUAGGUAUCCUGCAUUCCCAACCUUCCAGCAGAAAAAAGACACGCUGGCCUUUAUUCAUCUACUGUCAUCGCUUUUUCCAUGUGGAGAUUGCACCAAGCACUUCCAGAAGCUACUUCGGGACCAUCCUCCAAGGGUCGGGAGUAACGAGGAAUUCAAGACAUGGCUGUGUGAGGUUCACAACGUAGUCAAUGAAAGGUUGGGGAAGGCCGUUGUUGAUUGUAAAACUGUCGACGAGAUCUGGCAAUGCGGGUGUGAGGCCUAG